GUGGGCAGAAGGCACUGCUUCUCCCGAGCGCUCCUCCAGCAUGGACAAAUUGCAUGAGACGUUGAUAAACAUGGAAGAUGCUUUGGGUUCGGAACACUCCGUCUGCUUAUCAUCCUGGGACUGGAAAAGUUCCUCUGGCUCUUUCGAGCUGCACCCCAUCUCACCCCCACACAGCUUGUCCCCGACGCCCUCCUUCGAAUCCUACUCCUCAUCCCCUUGCCCGGCAGCGGCGGAGACCCCCUACGGGAGUGGAGGCAGCAGCCUGGUGGGAUACAGCCUGGUGGACUUCCCCCCUGCCUACCUGCCCAGCCCCGGGCAGGCGCGGCUGCCCAAGGGCACCAAGGUGCGGAUGUCUGCCCAGCGCCGGAGGAAGGCCAGCGAGCGGGAGAAGCUGCGGAUGAGGACCCUGGCUGACGCGCUCCACACGCUGCGCAACUACCUGCCCCCCAUCUACAGCCAGAGGGGACAGCCCCUCACCAAAAUACAGACCCUGAAGUACACCAUCAAGUACAUCAGCGAACUCACGGAGCUCCUCAACAGCGUCAAGCGGGUGUAG